GAGCGCUCGCGCUGUAGCUCUCUGUGGCGGCACAUACCUCCUCGAGCUCCGGUCGCGAGCCUCGACUAUGUCACAGCGCACCCAUUAGCAGCGCUCGAGCCUCGCCGAAACGCGGCGUCCUCGGGAUUUGUUCGUCUUUUCUCGGAUCCGAGCCAUUUUUCCUGCUUUGAUUUCCGCAGAACACUCGAAAGCGAGAGGCGAGCGAAGGAGACACCGGGGCACCGCGCGAGGCUUCAGCUUAUUAUGAACCCGGACACUGGACAUUGUUCCUGCACGCGCGGAUCUUACUUUUGGAUUACUUUGACUCAGUUUGACGCCGGAACACAUCACAUAUAUCACUAAAUCGACGUAUGCCGCGCUUUGCAGCACGUCGCUUCUCUUCAGCGCAUACAAGCCUCAUAUUACAACGGGUGUGCGCUUUGUGCAUAGUGUAGCUUAGUGUAAAGCCGUGAACCAGUAACAGGAAAAUAUUUCAAACCAUUUAUUAUAUAUAGAAACAACCGCUUCCACUUUUUUAUUACUAACUUAAUAUUAUUUACAACUGGACCGAGCCGUGCAAAUCACGAUCACCAUGCAUCGUAGCUGAAACCACUAGUGCGGGACUUUAGUGUUGAAAUCAGAGGACGGAGCCGUUUCUCCUUUCCUGGACCAGAAUCAGGAGCCGAACCAGGAUGCCUCUCGGCCGCGCGAUGUUAAUUGUGGUCCCGGUGCUGUUGCAGCUCUCGGGAUUCUGCUGGACGGCCACGGUGAGCGGACUGGAGGGCGUGCACAAGCUGGAGGCUAAAGUUCUGGAUCCAGACACGUUUGAGGGUGUGGCCAACUUCAGCACCUUCUUACUGGACAGGUCAUCAGACACGCUGUUACUGGGUGCCAGAGACGCCAUAUUGUCCCUGGACACCAGCGACCUGGACAAGCCACCGCGCAAGAUUGUUUGGGAUGUGCCCAAGGAAAAGAGACGGUCUUGUGUGGCCAAAGGAAAGACAGAGGUCGACUGCUAUAACUACAUCCGCCUGCUGGAGUUCUUAGGAGAUGGACGCGUCUACGUGUGUGGCACCUACGCCUUUGACCCCCAGUGUGCCUUCCUGGAGCUCUCCUCCUUCACUCUGCAGAAAGCGGAGGACGGAGGGGUGAAGAUGGAGACGGGCAAGGGCAAGUGCCCGUUCGAGCCCAGUCAGCAUUACACAGCUGUUAUGGCAGGUGGGAUCCUGUACACAGCCGCCACCAGUAACUUCCUGGGAACGCUGUUCGACAUCUCCCGUGCAACGGGCCCAGAGCAGGAGCGCAUCCGAACGGAACGAUCCAUCAACUGGCUCAGCGACCCAGAGUUUGUGAGCUCCGCCUUCAUAGAGCAGUCAGCGGUCUCCGACCCAAGUGGAGACGACGACAAGAUCUACUUCUUCUUCACUGAGGUGGCCAAAGAGUAUGACCUUUACACCAAAGUCAAAGUCCCGAGGGUGGCGCGCGUCUGCAAGUCUGACGUCGGGGGCAUGAAGACCCUGCAGAGGCGGUGGACGACCUUUCUGAAGGCUCAGCUGGUCUGCGAGGACAAACCCAGCGGCCAGCGCUACAACAUCCUGACCGACGUCUACACCAUGCAGCACACGCAGGGCGAGCCCAGCAGCACGCACUUCUACGGGCUCUUCACCUCCCAGUGGGAGAGCGAGCAGCUGUCGGCGGUGUGUGUUUUCAGUCUGUCUGACAUCAACAAAGUGAUGGACGGACCCUUCAAGGAGCUGAAGAAAAACUGCGAGAACUGGAUCAACCCUGAACCGGUUCCCACACCAAGGCCUGGACAGUGUUUGAACACGGAGCUGAAAGCCGAGGGAUUCGAGUCGUCGCUAAAGCUGCCCGACAAGGUGCUGACGUUCGUCAGAGACCACCCUCUGAUGGAGAACAGCGUGAGCGCGGCGCCCCUGCUGGUGCGUCAGGGCGUCGGCUACACCAAGUUGGCUGUGAGCCAGACAGGCGGCGGCGACGAGCCCGGCGGCCUGGUGCUGCACCUUGGAACAGACCGUGGGGAGCUCCAUCAGGUGGAGGUGGUUGGCCAGAACACCACCUUGCUGCGGGAGAUGCCUCUCUUCAGCUCACAGGAGCCUAUUAACAACAUAUUCCUGCACAAGGGCCAGGCUCUGGUGGGCAGCCCUCUGUCGCUGGCCCGCAUCCGGGCCGAAGGCUGCUCGCUGUACCCCGACUGUGAGGCGUGCGCCCGGGCCAGAGGGCUGGGCUGCGUGUGGGACCCAGAUCAGGAAGCCUGCAGGACCACGGGAGGACAGUCGGGUUCGGAUGAAACAGUUGACGAUGCCUUGAGGAAAUGUAACGUGCAGGAGGGACGCUGCGCCCCGUUCCCCCGGGAGCUGAGAGUUUUCCUCGGCCUCCGCCUGCUGCUGCCGUGCGUGCAGCUGUCUCCCCGGCCCUGCAGCUGGGAGCACCCCCCCCACCGGCUCACCAGGCAGCACCACUCUGACCUGGAGGUGACCGUGACCGAGGAAAACCUGGGCAGAUACGUCUGCACCUGCCAGGAGGUGGAACCGGGCGCCAGAGACCCCACCCCCUGCCGCAGAGCAGCCUUUCACCUGACUCUCAGCGAUCCCACCACACGGGAAGCAGUGGCGGCGGGCGGCACCCGGCAUAUUCUCGCAGUCUACAUCCUUUUCUUCUGCCUGGGCGUGCUGCUCAGCCUGUCCGUCGUGUUUGUCAUAAACCGGCGGCGCGGCAGCGGUCGCCAGGGAAACCACCUGCCCGAUAACUCGCUGUCGUCCGGGAAGGGCCCCGGCCUGCUGGGCUCCUCGGCCACCCAACAGUCCCCCAGCAGCGACAGCAUGACGUUCGACGGAUUCCCAGAAAAGCGAAACGGGACGGCGACGACGAACACGACGAGCACCCUCCUCAGUAACCAUGGCAACGGCGGCCACCCCGGCAACAGCUACGGCAACAACCUGAUCCACCGCAACCCGAGCAACGGCCACGGCACCAGCCUGCACGGCAACUGCAACACCAGCGGCAGCGGGAAGUUUCCCACGGAAAUUUUUGCUCCAGACAUGAUGGACGGGAAAACGGGGGAGAGGGAGUCGGGGGUGGGGGGGGGUCUGGGGGAGCCGCUCAGGGACGGGUUACGAGAGGGGAUGAAAGGACUAGAGGAUGAGCUCGCAAAGAUAACCAUGUUUAAAUCAGGGGCGCCGCUCGCUCCGUGUGAGGAGAGCUCGAUAUGAAGAGGCGGCGACUCAACUGUUAACUAUUGACUGCAUAGUUUUGCAUUCUCCAAACGAACUCAUGCGAAAAUGCGAAAACAGCCUUUGCCAACAGAGCACGAGGCGAGGCGACAGAGAAGUAUACACGUUUAUGUCUAAGCAUGAGAUGUGCGGUGGAGCCAUAGAGCACAUCACAGUGUUGGGACAGACUAUUUAUUGAGAGCUACUCAGGACGGGACCCGCUGGUGUGAACAAAUGUGUAAAUAAGAAAUGUAAAUAUACCAAGCCUCAAGUUUACUAUGGCCAUGAGAGAAGCGAGAGAGAAAGACUCAAAGAUGAAAUGUCUGCGCGAGUAGACGCGGAAAAGCCAUAAUGUCUUCCUGCUUCAUCUCUGCUGUUCAUUGCCUGAUUCCUUCCCAACGGUGGCGCUGGAGAACAAACUCACAGCCCAGAGCUGUAGGGGCCUAGAAGCACCAAAGGACCGCUGAUCCACAGGCCCGUCCUGGCUUUAAACAGACCCGACCCAGGCGGCUCACAGUAAUCACGCUCCCCAGUGAGACUAGUGUCAGUGUGGACGAGUGAGAGACAGAGGGCGAACGUCACGUGAGCCUCGGAAUGGACCUCCCCUCGACGGAGACACCCUCACCUUGUUCUGCGUGUGUGGAUUUGGUCUUAAAUGUAUGAGUUUGGUCAUGUUGCUUUAUAAUAAAAGCUAAAAAUCUAACCUAA